AUGCCCCUCGGCAGCGCAGUUGUACCUGUUCCAGUACCCCCUGCGCCCAGCCUGGCGCCCGUACGGGCUGGAGGAGCGGUGUCAGGAGGUGAGCUGAGGGAUGGGGGAGUGAUUGACGAGGCGUGCCAAAAGCUUAUUCGGGUGCGCCCAUUACAAUCACGGGUGGAGGUGGAUCUAGCCAUCGAUACCACCGACUCCUCGUAUGAUCAUGACUCCGCAGACAACCUUAAGCAGACCACGCAGACGCUCACCUCGUUGCAGCUGCAUCUGGCCACCAACUAUGCGGUGGGCAUGCUGCAAGGCGAUCAGCUUCAUCUGAAUCCGCUACAUGCAGUGGUGCAGCUGCGGCCGUCACUAGAUUACCUGGACAGUGCAGCAGACAAGGCGGAGGGGGGGAAGGGCAAGAAGAAGGGGGCAGGGGAGGUUGCGGAGGAGGAAGAGAUGGGGGAUGGGGAGGAUGGGGAGGCGGGGCCUGUGGCUCUGGAGGUGAGCCUGAAGAAGAGGGAGACGGAGGAGCAGGAGGAGAUGCGCCUGCAGUCAUACGCACACAUCCAUGCCCUGAGAGAGAAGGAGCCGUGGCAGCAGCUGCAGGCCUUCUCAGCAUCAAGUGAGGAGGCAGCAGCAGUACGGGCGCGCAUGGUGGUGGGGGGAGGCGCGGCAGGGGGAGGCGCACAGAAGCAGGGAGCGGUGAAAAAGGAGGAGGGUGCUAUGGCGGUGGAUGGAGCACUGGAGGGCGAGGGGGGGAAGCCAGAGGGGGAGAGGGAGGGGGUGGAAGGUGGAGGAGUGGGAGUGGAGGAGCAAGGGGUGGAUGUGGAUGGUGCUGUUGCUGAUGUGCCUUUCACCCUCCCUCAUGUUGCCUACAUUCAAGCGCUGGUGGGGUCGUGCCUCUCACACUCCUCCGCUGCUGCGGCAGAGAUCAGAGGCAUUUCAGGGCUGUCCAAGAGCUACUUGGAUUCUCUGCCUCUGGAGCGUCGGUUACUAGCGCUCCUGUCGCGCGCCAAGACACACAUAUUCCAGUUCGACCGGCUGAUGAAUCUGCUGCCAGCAGGCACGCAGCAGCAGCAGGUGCUGGCACUGCUGCAACACAAGGCGCUGCUGGUGCAGGGCUGCUGGGUGGCGCCCAGCUCAAUGCGCUGCCCCGUGGGGCCCACCUGUGUGCUGCGAGACCUGCUGCUGCUGCUAUUCACCAAGCACCGCGUCAUUCGCCCCGAGCAUGUUGCACACCUUAAGGUACCAAAGGAGCUACUGAGAGAGUUACUCCUGUCCAUAGGAAUUGCCAGAGGGCCCAACACAGGCUGGGAGUUUGCCGAACCAACAGACCAGGCCUUCCUCGACUCCCACCCUGCCAUAGCUAAGGAGCAGCUUCGGCGCUGGAUGGCUGCCGAGCCUGCGAUCCUCCGAGCCUCUCGCGCCCUCUCCCUGACCUCUAUGGCUGACGUGGCAGCAGCUUCGGCAGCCGCUGCUGCGGCCAAGGCUGCUGCUGCUGGGGGAGGGGGGGGUAGGGGCGGGGGAGGCAGGGCCGGGCCUGGGGGAGGCUUGGGAGCGCCCAAGGCUGGUUUGGCAGGGCGUGGGGCAGGGUUGGCAGGACGAGGGGCCGGAUUGGCGGGGCGUGGAGCAGGUUUGGGAAGAGGUUCGGGCGGUCCAAGCCUGCAGGCUGGUGCUGUGGCAAGGACAGCAGGGGCAGCAGCGUCUGCAGUAGUAGCUGCAGCAGCAGAGGGAGGGGGAGGAGGGGCAGCAGGAGGCACAGUAGGGGCGGUGGGGCAGAGCUUGAGUGCUGAAACACGGGAAGCACUUCCUGCUGCUCUGAGGAAGAUAUUCGCCCAACACCACGUGUGCAGUCUGCCCUUUUUGUGCCAGCAGCUGCAGCGAGCAGCGGAGGAGCAGCAGAGGGCGGCAGGGGCGUCACCUCAGGCUGUAGCGGCGGCUGUAGCGGCAGCCAAGGCUGCAAAAGCUCCCGCCAAUGAGCUCGCGGCAGCUGUCUCAGAGGUAGCCACGAGCAUCAACGGCAUCUACUUCCUCCCAACACUCAACGAUCCAGCAGUCGAUCCUUUCAGGGAGGUGGUGAUUGCGCUGCUGAGAGCCAAGGGCGCAGGGGGGGUGGGGCUGAAGCGAACAGAGAUAGUUGAGGCCACACGCAUUGCACUUAAAGUUCAAGUGCCCGCCGCAACGUACCAACGGGUUCUGAAGGAGUUGUGUGUCACUAAUGGUGCUGCAUGGGUGUUGAAGCCAGGGGAUGGCAGCACAGUGUAG